CUUCUCUUCCCAUUUAUUCUCCCCUCUCCACCGGCCUCGAUCACCGCCACUGCCUCGAGCCCACGUCCAUAACCGUUAAAACCGACAUCGCACCAUCUCUCUCGUUAUUAAUUAUGACCUUUUAACGAGCUCCUUCCGCCUCUCACUACCCAAAACGCCUUCCAACUACAAUCAUGGUCCUUCUAAUUGAUGAGUUUCUUCAUUCUUCCUUCAUCCUACUAAAAUUCGGCCGGCGUCGGAGGGGGAUAGCUUUUGAACGAGAAUCAUCCAAUUUGGUUCAUCGCCAUCAUGGGACUGUGUGUAGAGAGAGAAAGUAUCAAUUUGAUUUAGCCCAUCCUUUUACGUUUUACCCCCAUGGAUUUAGGGUUUCUAAACCCAUGGGCUUAGCUUUUGAUCCCAAGAAAACCAAGCCCAACUAACUAUAUUCCAAGCCCACGCUAUUCUAGGGUUUCUUUCAUCUUCUUCAAAUGUUCCAAAAAUCGUUUCAGCUGCGUCUAUCCCUUCUUUUCGAUUAUCCUCUUCUGUGUUCUUAUCAAUUGGAUUCUGAGGUUUUUUCUUCUAAGAAAUUUCGAAGGAAAAUUCUUCCAUAUCAGAAUGUGGACUAAUGGAUGCCAGUCUUUGACAUUUUCCACACGUGUUUCUAUAUACAACAACUUUAUUUCCGAGAAGCAUCGAUGGAGUCCUGUUUUUGCUUCAACAAACAAAUCGGUGGUAGACCUCUCAUUGCCAGCCAAGGUUGAAAGUCUGUUAGAUGGCUUAAAAUGGGACGACAAAGGUCUGGUAGUAGCUACAGCUCAAAAUGUUGACACCGGAACUAUAUUAAUGCAAGGAUUUGCAAACAAGGAGGCUGUUUUGAAAACUGCAUUGGAACGCAGGGCUACAUUCUACAGCCGAUCACGAUCUCAACUGUGGACAAAGGGAGAGACCUCCAAUAACUUCAUAAAUAUUCACGACAUAUCUCUAGACUGUGAUCGUGAUUCUAUAAUUUAUCUUGGGAAGCCUGUUGGGCCUGCUUGUCAUACUGGAACUGCCACAUGCUUUUAUACAUCACUAGAUGAUUUGAUAGACGAUCCACAGGCUGGAAAGAGUAAGUUGGCAUUGUCUACUUUGUACUCAUUAGAGAAUAUAAUCUCCCAACGCAAAGCAGAAUUAGCAUCUUUGCAAACUGGCAAGCCCUCUUGGACGAAACGUCUAUUGCUCGAGAACAAAUUGCUCUGCUCUAAAAUUCGGGAAGAAGCAGAUGAAUUGUGUCGAACAAUGGAAGAGAACGAGGAUAAGUCUCGCACUGCCUCGGAAGCGGCAGAUGUGGUGUACCAUAUCCUGGUUUCUCUAGCAGUUAAAGAGGUAAAGUUCGAGGAGGUUCUUGAACAUUUGCGUGAGAGAUUUUCUCAGUCGGGUAUAGAGGAGAAGAAAAAUCGAGCACCAAAAGUUACCAAGAAUUAAGAAUCCGUCGACAUGUCAAUAUAUUCGUAAGUAGAAGGGUUGAAUAAGUUGCAGACCAUGGGUAUCUCCUUAUCUUUUAUGAAUACUCGUUGAACAGGAAAAAAAAAAAAAUCUAUUUAGUUUAAUAUAUAUAAAACUAAAUACUAAUAUCGAUAUUUAUAACUUAGUAGGGUUAAAAAUAUAACUUAAUUUCUAAUAUAUAUAUAUAAGUAUUGACUUGUAGAAAUAACCAUCAAUAUUUAUGGAUAUAUGGAAUGUUAUGUUUGUAAAAUUGAAAUACAAAAUCCAUGUCAACGUCAAUAUUUUAAUCCUUGGCUUAGUAUGUGAGGAUUAAAAUAUCAAUGUCGAUAUUGAUAUUAAGAUUUUAAUUUUACAUAUAUAUAUCAAUGGUUAUUGGUGGAUAUUCUUGUAAGUUAAAAGAAUUAUAAAUUUUACUUUUAGACUAAAUAGACGACAUUUAGUUCUUUUCUCCUAUGUUUUAUGAGGAUUUACAAAAGAUACAUGAGAUAUAAAUGGAUAUGUAGUAUUGUUAUUGAACACUUUGAUUUACAGAUAUAUUGACAUGUCGACGGAGAUUUCGAUUAUAUGGUAAUGUUGGUAUGAUGAAGAGGAUCCACGUAAGUUGUGUUGGGAAAGCUUGAAUAAAGAGUUUGGUGGGAUGGAGUGAGUUUUACAUCCCAAUGUUUAUUUUGGAAGUCUAUCGAAGUCUUUGAUUGUCAUAAUUUCAAUAAUUUUCUUUUGUGUUUGUGUUGCAGCUGUUACUGUUGACUGAGAUUAGGUCUCUGUUCCUUUCACAUGUACACUCUUAUUACUAUUAAAGAUUUUAUUAUUAUUAUUAUAAGCUCAAGAUUAUUACAUGUUUGACUUUA